GGUAUUUUGAUGGGGCUCCCUGAGGGAAGAAAUGCUGUCAGUACAGUUCCAGGAAGCAAUAAGCACCUUCAUGAAAAUAACUCAAGUCCCCAUCCUUAAUCCCUGCCUAUCCUUUUUUAUCUGAUGGACUCAGCGAGGGCUGGAAGAUCACAGUGUGGCUGAAAACAAAAGGGAGUUAACAAGAUGUGACCAGUCAAUGGAUAAAACAAUAGGCGACCGCCCCGCCGCGGUGCAGAGCCGGGCGCCCUCCCGGUGCGGAGGUAGCCAUGGGGGUGCUGGGGGCUCUGCUCUGGUGCCUGGCGCUCGGGGGGCUGCCGCGGGCCGGCGGCUCGUGCCCAUCGCAGUGCAGCUGCGCCUUCCACAGCCUCGGCGAGGGGACGAGAGCCAGGACGGUGCUGUGUAACGACCCCGAGAUGACCAUCCCUCCCGUCAACAUCCCUGUAGACACCUCCAAGCUUCGGAUCGAGAAGACGGCCGUGCGCAGGGUGCCGGGAGAGGCUUUCCACGCGCUCCGCGACCUGGAGUACCUCUGGAUGCCCUAUAACUCCCUGGCCAGCCUCAGUGGCAUCACUUUCAAGGGCCUUCAUCGCCUGCUGGAGCUGAGGCUGGAUGGGAACUACUUAAUAUCGUUCCCCUGGGAAACCCUGGCUGACGUGCCACAGCUGAGGCUUCUGGAUCUACACAACAAUGAGCUCACCUCCAUCCCUCCAGAUGCUGCUCGCUACGUCAGGAAUAUCACAUACCUGGACCUGUCCAGCAAUAAACUGAUGACUCUUCCUCAGGCUCUUAUCGCCACCUGGACCAACCUCCAGGCCGUUCCUUACUUCCCCAAUGACAACUCCAAAAUCAUCCUGGGCUUGCAAGACAAUCCCUGGGUGUGUGACUGCAGUCUCUAUGAAAUGGUCCAUUUCCUAAAUUUCCAGUCCCCGAACGUAGCGUUCAUCGAGCCCCGGCUGAAAUGCUUCACCCCGCGGAGCCUUGCAGGAGUCUCCUUCAGCCGAGUUGAGCUAAGGAAGUGUCAAAGCCCCAUCGUACACACGUCCGUGGCCAAAGUCAAGACCAUCCUGGGCAGCACCGUGCUGCUGAGGUGUGGGACAACGGGGGUGCCCCUUCCUGAGCUCAGCUGGAGAAGAGCUGAUGGUGCUCAACUCAACGGCACAGUUCACGAAGAGGUUUCUGGUGAUGGGAUGAGCUGGUCUAUUCUGGGCCUGCCUGUAGUCUCCUAUGUGGACUCUGGAGAGUACAUCUGCAAAGCAAAGAACUUUCUGGGGGCGACAGAGGCAUUCAUAUCUCUGAUCAUCACAGACUCGGAAAGCACGGAUGACCCCAACUCUAAUGCCAGAGGCGCAUGGAGGGGGAAGGCGAGCGAGAUGGAAGCAGCUGCCUACAAUGACAAGCUCGUGGCAAGGUACAUUAUCACCACCUCCACCGUGCCUACCCUGGGCGCUGGGGUGGGCACUGGAGAGGGUCUCCUCCCAGAUGUGGCACAAGACAACGGCCCCAGAAACCUGCUGGUGAGCCCACCUACGGGUCAGGAGGAGCCGGAGCGCGUGGUGAGGUCUGUCAGGGUGAUAGGGGACACCGACCAGAGUAUCACCCUGGUCUGGAAGGCCCCUCUGGCAAAGAACACCACAGUGUUCAGUGUCCUUUACGCCAUCUUCGGGGAGAGAGACAUGCGGCGGAUCAACGUGGAGCCGGGCAAGACCAAGGUCACCGUUUACGGGCUCCUGCCGAAGACCAAAUACAUCGUGUGUGUCUGCGUGAAAGGGCUGAUCCCCAAGAAGGAGCAAUGCAUCAUAUUUUCCACAGACGAAGUUGCCAGCGCGGGAGGGACCCAGAAGCUCAUCAACGUGGUUGUCAUCAGCGUGGCCUGCGUCAUUGCUGUCCCCCUGACACUAGUGGUCUGCUGUGGAGCACUGAAGAGGCGCUGCAAGAAGUGCUUUGGGAGGAAACCCAAAGAAAUCCAGGAGUCCUACGUAACCUUUGAGAGCCUGUCCCCAGGGGCCAAGGCGAAAGGUGUGGAAGGAGAAUACUUGACUAGACAUACCCCCGACGAGUCCAACAGGCUGCUGUCCGCCCGGUCCAGUGUGGACUCGGAAGCAAUCCCAAAGAUAGAGGGGCAGCCUAACGAAUACUUUUGCUGACACUACGUAGGCUGGUUGUCAGCUCCCAGGGGAAAUCCCGUGGCUGCAGUUGGGACUCUGCUCCAGCACUGCAGGUCACCCUCUCAAUGCCUCUGGCACUGACAUGUUCUGGGGGUGAAGGCAAGAGGGGAGAUGGUGCCCCAGCUUUACAGAAACGUUGCUCAUCCCACCUGGGGUUUGCUGGUUUGUGCCCAGUCAAAAGCUUCUGUGAUAAUGGCCUCGUUCUGCUGGACCACUCUUAUUUUCAUAAAAUGAAGCAUGCACACUGAGUGUGAGGACAUUAAGCAACAUUUCCGAGUGCGUGCUGCCUGGUGUUGUUUAGUACCUGCUAUGCAAUAUGCUAAAUAUUUUAUUCUCAGCUCUUUUGAUGUUCUUUUGGUUGUCAAACAGGGGGGGUGUUUAGCAAUUUUAACAUAAAUGUCUGUGAAGGUGAAAAUUGACAGUCUCACCUUUUACAUCCCCCGUGUUUGCAUGAAACAUGCAACUCGAUUCUCAAUCGAUCGCUGAACACAGAUGUAGGUGCAGUGCAACCCUUCUGGGUAUGUCCGUCGUAAAAACAGCUCUAUGCUCUGAAAUCGGAGAAACGUGCAAAGGAGGUAGAAAUCAAGAGCCAAACCCCAAUCCACUGCUAAGAACACAUAAGGGAGUGUUUUGUGAUUGCAUUUUGGCCCCGGACACCAUUCUUCAGAUUCUCUUGAACAACGGUACCUCACAGCUCUUGCUGGCAUUCUGUAGCUGUACUGUAAUUAGUAGAGUCUGUUUUAUAUCAGCCGUGCUCGUUAAAAAUCAUACAGCAGCCUACUCUACUAAUUAUGUUUGGUGUUGUGAGGCUUUGUAGUCAGUACUGAAAAACCUACGUUAGACACUUCUGCAAAAGUGUCCCAGAGCAGCCCUGUCGUUGCUGCUGCUCUCCUGACGAGGCUGGUGGUGAGGACCAGAGGGCUCAGCCGGGCACGCGCGCUUUGGUCGUGGCAGCGCCCGCUCUGCGCGGAGCAGGGGCGUGUGACGUGUGCCCGCGCACAUCAGCCCUUCUUCCACCACGGCAUCAGUGGUGGCCGAGGCUCGGUGCGUUUCAAACAUUUCACAGGUUCAAGAACCCUGAAAAAACCCUGUCUAAUAUUAAUCUAAACGUGCUGUCAGAGCCAGGGUGAGCGAAGCAGUUACACCGGAACGUGGAUCUGAGGGGUUACCACAAAGCACUUCCCAGAUGUGUAAUUUUCGACUCUAGUCCCUCAUGUAGUAAUUCUGUACAUAAAGUUUUUCUCUUUGUAAUGAAUCUACUUCACGAAGAAAAUUAUACACGUUCUGCCAAAUGUUGAUCGGGAGGGAUCCAGCCUAGUUGAAAUGAUAACUGACAAAUCUUGCUGGAUUGUUUUAAAACGUGUACUUGUAAAUUUAUCGGGAGGAUCUCCACUCACAUUCUGGGUGUGUAUGUGCAGUGCGGGUUAACAAAAUUCACCGUUGGAACUUGUUAGGGUGGAGCCCUGCAUGGAUUUUGCAAGUCCCCCUCGUGCAGAAGGAUUUCGGUUAUGUCAGGUCGCUUGGCCCGAUGGAAGAAACAAGUGGUUUGAUCUCAACAUGAAUACAAGCCACAGGGGACACGUGACAACAGUUUCUGAUAAUCCCUGUACUCCUGACGGCAGUGAUAAAGAAGUUCUCUCUCAUUGGGAAAAUUUGUCAAUCUCUGUAUAAAAUAACGCACGCUACUCCCGGACUGCAUAGAUUUUUAGGUUUCAGAAUAACGUUGUGCAAAGCGAUGUAUUUUAAUACAACGGAUUACCUGAUGAAAUAUGUCGUAUGUAACAGAUCUAUUACUUAUUUAUGCAGUUGCAUUUCCCAGGAUGAUUUUUAGAGUCACUCUCCAAGUAGGACAAAAAUAUUUUUCCAGUAGCGGUUUUUGGGAUGAGUUGCAAGGCUUGCUGUAUCACCGGGCCCAUUCCUGCCCACGUCCGCAGCAGUAUCUCUGGGCUGCGCGGGAAUCAGCCUGACACGGCCCUGGGUGGAUAAGCCGGCCCUGAAGAGGCGGGUGAUCGGCUGCACCCAGGCCUGCGGAGGAGCCGCUCUGGCCCCUCCAUCAGCCCGUCCCUGAGCUGGAGAAGGAAAAGGCACCGGCUGGGCCAGCGCGGCCGCUCUUUGCUCUCCAGGAGGAUGGAGAGAUCGUCCUGUCCCUUCACUGUGGAGGUGUGAAGUUUUACACACUCUACCGGAUAUUUUUUUCGCACGUUGAAUAAGUAGUGAUCCCAAGUAGAACAAAGAUGAUUUUUCUUCUCUGUGUCCUAUGGCUGUUCUCAGUGGCUCACAGGUGAGGCAGCACAGUUCAGCAUCUCAGCUGCUGCCGCUCCAAACCCCUCCUGCCCCUCCACUGCGCCGGGACUCGGCGAGAUAAUCGAUGGAUGGAAACUUGCAUAAGCUCUGUGUUGUCUGGUGUUGGUCAGAAAAGAAACCCUCUACUUGCUAAACCGCGGGUGACAUGUCAAACUAUUCCAUAUGCUGGUUUUCUGCUGAAUGCAACUUCAGUGCUCUGGGUCAGAAUUUCAGUGGUACGAUGCGCGUAAAGAUAAACACCUCACCGGAUUUUUUGUUGUUAUUUUAACCGAAGGGGUGCUCGUCACCGGGUUUCAGCCGGGUUAGCUCGAGCAAGCUUCCUUCUCUGGUCAUGACAUGUGAAUGGAGCUGCCUCAGCAUUCAGGCAAGGACAAUAUUCACCCCUGGAAACAGUUUCUUACUCAGCUGAAGUCAAUCCUUGGGCAGACAUGUGCUGCAAGAACCUAAACGAACAUCUGAAUAUCUUUUAGAAUUACUGCAUUGGUAGCAUUUUUUUUUUUUUUGACACUUUGUUGUGUUUGGUUUUCUUUUUCCUUGGAAAAUGUUUUGUCUGUUAAUAAUCUCUUUGUGUCAAGUUGCUUUUUGGGGGUCUGUUUCAAAUAUUUUGCCACUGUCAAACGAUAUAUUUUGGAAUCUCUUGUAGUACAAUGUUCCCUACUUUUACUAUUAAAUAAUUUAAAAAUUUCUUCUCA